CCCGCCCUCCGCCUGCGCAGCCUCCCUGCCUCGCUCUCCUCCCAGCUCUGCCGCAUUCCCCACUGCAGCCGCAGCCGCGCGCUCUCGGCCCGCCCAGCCCAGCCAGCACCAUGGCCAGCGCCAUGUCCGCCUACAAGGAGAAGAUGAAGGAGCUGUCCGUGCUGUCACUCAUCUGCUCCUGCCUGUACUCGCAGCCGCACCCCCGGACCAGCUACCAGUACGGGGGUGAGUGGCCCACUGUCCUCCGCAGGCUCCGCGGGUGGGGGGGCGGCGACCCCUCAGCCCGCUCUGCUGUAUUCCCUGCAGACAUGGAGGUGAAGCAGCUGGACAAGAGGGCCUCUGGCCAGAGCUUCGAGGUCAUCCUCAAGUCCCCUUCUGACCUGUCCCCGGAGAGCCCUGUGCUCUCCUCGCCCCCCAAGAGGAAGGACCCCUCCCUGGAGGAGCUGCAGAAGCGGCUGGAUGCGGCCGAGGAGCGGCGGAAGACGCAGGAGGCCCAGGUGCUGAAGCAGCUGGCGGAGCGGCGCGAGCACGAGCGCGAGGUGCUGCACAAGGCGCUGGAGGACAACAACAACUUCAGCCGCCUGGCCGAGGAGAAGCUCAACUACAAGAUGGAGCUCAGCAAGGAGAUCCGCGAGGCGCACCUGGCGGCGCUGCGCGAGCGGCUGCGCGAGAAGGAGCUGCACGCAGCGGAGGUGCGCAGGAACAAGGAACAGCGGGAGGAGAUGUCGGGCUAAGGGCUCUCGGCACCUGGAUCCCGAGAAGACACACAACACGUUCGGGUGUUCUGUUUUGUUCGACUUUGUCUAGAUGCAAUUCUGUCCCUCUUUCCACUCCCACCCCGCAUCCCCAGCUUCCCGCUUUCCGCACGCAGAACUGUCUAGUCCUUGUGGCUCAUCACAGGCUCUCUGAGGAGCCGUGGGCGCUGCCACGGUCCCUCCUUCCCAGUACUGGCUGGGUCCCCCUCGGCGGCCCUGUUCAUAGAUGUGGUGGCACCCUCAAUAAACCUAGCAGUGGUGGAGCA